AAGAACAAACACCAUUGCAAAACCAAACAGAAAAAACAUAGUUUUGGCACGAACAAUCAAUUGAUCGUUUAGCUUCCAUAGCUGAAUAAUUUCGCUUCUCGCUUCUAGCUUCUACAGUUUGUUCCAACCCUAUAACACACAUAUAUAAAUAUAUAUACGUCUGAUCCUAAAUUACUGCCAUGGCUAAUAACUCGGAUCUUUCGAUGAUCCUUCCAAGGGUUCUAAUCGUCUCCAGACGAACCGUUCGGAAGAACAAGUUUGUAGAUUUUGUGGGGGAAUUCCACCUAGAUCUUAUUGUAAACUAUGGAGCAGUACCAGUGAUAGUCCCAAGAGUAAGUGGAGUCCACAUGCUACUGGAGAGCUUCGAGCCAAUCCACGGAGUCGUCCUCUGUGAAGGUGAAGAUAUUGAUCCAUCGCUUUACGAUGCAGAACUAUCUGGGUUUUCACCAGAAGAACUUGAAGAGAUCAGGAAAGCUCAUGCAAGUGACACCGCCAUUGAUAAAGAGAAAGACACAAUUGAAUUAAGACUUGCAAAGCUAUGCCUUGAAAGAAACAUACCAUACCUGGGAAUCUGCAGAGGCUCACAGGUCCUUAAUGUUGCAUGUGGAGGAACAUUAUAUCAAGACGUGGAGAAAGAAAUCUCCAAGAAAAUUCCAGAAGAAGAAAGAGUGAUGCACAUGAACUAUGAGGACUAUGAUGGCCAUAGGCAUCCAGUAAAGAUUGUGGAGAACACUCCAUUGCACCAAUGGUUUAAAGAUUCGUUAGAGGAAAAGAAAAUGGAAAUCAUGGUUAAUAGUUAUCACCACCAAGGUGUCAAGAAAUUAGCUCAAAGAUUCGUGCCAAUGGCUUUUGCCCCUGAUGGCCUGGUUGAAGGAUUUUAUGAUCCAGAUGCCUAUAAUCCUGAAGAGGGCAAGUUUAUAAUGGGUCUCCAAUUUCAUCCAGAGAGGAUGCGCCACCAAGAUUCAGAUGAUUUUGACUAUCCUGGAUGCCCAGCUGCAUAUAAGGAAUUUGCUAAGGCUGUGAUUGCUUAUGAGAAAAGGCUUAAUUGCUCCACACGCAUACAUAAAGCUCCCACGCUUAACCAAGAAUUGGAGACAAAACGAAGAACUAUUGCCAGAAGUUUCUCACUUGCAAAAAACAUGUACAACUCAGGAAGGAGUAUCGUUUUGGGCCAAGAAUCAGAACUGGAAAUUGGAGCAGAAUUUCUUGAGGCCAACACUGUGCUGAGUCUGCAGCAAGUGAACAGGCUGCAGCAAAUGGGAGCAACAGUGAGAAAUGCUUCAGCAUACAGGGAAAGAUUGAAGAUGAAUGAGGAGAGGGAGAGAGCUGCAAGGAUUAUAAUGAGGAAAAUGUCGAUUGGGCAAUUAUCUGAUCUCAUCUCCUUCUACCACAUGAUGGGGAAAAUAUGCUCCGAGGCUUUGGAGAUAAAGCUUCAAGACUCUGUAAAUCAAGAGGUUGAACUAUAAACGACCAAAAUGGUCUUUGUAAUCGCCUCGCCCAAAGAUAUAUAUAUUUUAGAUCUUUUUCUUUUCUGAUC